UAGAGAUUAGUUGUUACUGCAGACUUAUUUUUUUGAACAACAAAAAGUUUUCUAGAAUUUUUCUUGUUGUAAAAAAUAACAAAUUGGAAAUGGAUAAAAAACCAAACUUUUUAGAAUGUGACGCAUCAAUUUUGGAAAGUAAUUUAAAAUUCAUAAAGAGUGAAUACGAAAAUGAAUUUGAAGAAAUCUUUGGUAAUUCAGACAACUUUCCAUCAGAAUCGGCCAAUUCUAAGAUAAUAAAACCCACUCCAGGAAUGUGCAUCAAAGCUUUUAAAGUUAAUUCGGAAGAGAAAUUUUUUAUAAAUUUAUGCCAAACUGAUGGUAUUCCGCCCCCAAAGGAAAUAUCUGAAAAUGAUUUAACCGAAAUAUUACAAUCUGAUACACCAAGCUCUUUUCGUAUACCUAUGAGUAUUAGUCAAAAACAUGAAACAAAAGAUAAUUCUGGCAAUUCCGUUGAAGUAUGCGACAUUGCAAUUAAUACGAAAUUUUUUGAUAAAUGCUCUAAAAUUAUAUUAUUCCGAGACUUCUUGAUUGCAUUAAUUUUGGAAGCAUUGGAUGAAAAAUACAAUAUUCAAUUAAAAAGUGAGAAUUGGUUAAUAUUAAAAAAUCGCAAAUUCAUUGGAACAUUAGUAUCACAUCGUGUUAAAAAUUCGGAUGUCGAAACUGUAUUAAAUUCUUAUGGAAUGGGAACAGCAGUAAAUGAAAAAAAAUUGAUUGAAGAAAUAAAAGAGUCAGAAAAUGAUUCAGCAAUAACGAAUUUCAAAAAUUCUGCCAACUAUGGCAAAAAAGUAAUGAGUACAAAUAACGAAAAAAACAUGAAAAAUGCUCCUGGAGAUAAUUUAAGAAAAAUUAAAGAGUCAAUCGCAUUAGCAAAUUCUAAAAUACCUGAAUACAAAGUAUUUUCAAUCAAAAAGAACGGAAUCGUUUCUGAACUUUUAGCUGAAUUUUGGUUACCAGAAUGUUUUUCAAUCAAUGAAAUUCAUUUGGACAUCGGAGAAGAUCGAAUUCUUUUAGAAUCAAUGAAACGAGGUUACCUUUUUGAAAAAUUUACCGAAUAUAAAAUAAAUCAAGAGAAAAUUGAUGCAGUCUUUGAUACCAAAGAUAAAAUGCUUCGAGUUAAAAUGGGUUUGAUGAUUUAAAUAAAGAAAUAAACAAAAGCAUCCUCUAUAAAUUGAAGAUCGAAGAAGAGGAAAUAAGUUUAAAUAAUACAAACUAUCAAAAUUAUUAUUCUUCUGUAAAUAUAAAACUUUUAAAAUAUAUAUAUAUAUCAGUUUUAUUAU